AUGACCCAAUCAGAGGGCGCAGCCGUCAAAGAAAGGAAGAGAAGCCGGAGCAGGCACCAGAAUGGCCACCACAGCGCUUCAAGCGACGGGAGUGAAGCCGAGACCGCGAGCCAGUCAAGCAAGCGAAGCAGCAGGAAGCGCAAGGGCGACGACGAUGCCAAAGUCAACGGCAACCACUCCAAGAAGCAGCGCCGCCCAAGCCUGAGCCAGCCUGCGCGCGAUCCCCGUGAUACCACCACAUCCAAGUCCAAGAAGAAGUCGUCCAAGCCCAAAUCCGAGGGCGUCGUAACGAGGUCACCGAGCCCGGUGAUCGACUUUGACGGCCUGAGUCGCCCGAGCCUCGGAACCCGUGAACGUCUCGAUGAGUCCCCCGAGCAGGCUGCCGUUCGUCUCGAAAAGAUGAAGGGCGCCGUCCGCACCAUCCUCGAAUGCGUCGGCGAAGACCCCGACCGCCCCGGCAUCCUCGACACCCCGAGACGCUACGCCGAGGCCAUGCUCUUCCUCACCCGCGGCUACCAGCAGAACGUAAAGGACAUUGUCAACAAUGCCAUCUUCCAAGAAGGCCACAACGAGAUGGUCAUUGUCAAGGACAUUGAGAUCUUUAGCAUGUGCGAGCACCACCUCGUUCCGUUUACCGGCAAGAUGCAUAUUGCCUACAUUCCCAAGAACCAGGUCAUUGGCCUGUCGAAGCUGCCCCGUAUUGCCGAAAUGUUCAGCAGACGUUUCCAGAUUCAGGAGCGCCUGACGAAGGAGGUUGCCUACGCCAUCAUGGAGAUUUUGAAGCCCCAGGGCGUCGCCGUUGUGAUGGAGUCCAGUCACUUGUGCAUGGUCAUGCGCGGCGUGCAGAAGACGACGGCUAGCACGAUAACUAGCUGCGUGCUCGGUGCCUUCGAGAAGAAGGAGAAGACCCGGAACGAGUUCCUCAGUCUGGUGGGGUUGAAGACAUAG